AGGUUUUUCUCGGGAUGAUGAACUUUGUGGCGCGUUUCAUCCCCAACAUGUCGGCACUGUCUGCCCCCCUCCGGGAGCUAUUGAAGAAGAACACGGCUUGGGUCUGGACACAAGAGACCCAAGAAAGCUUCAAUACACUUCGCGCCUGCCUAACAAAAGCACCCGUUCUCGCCUAUUUUGCGAAAGGUGUCCCCUUGACGUUGUCCGUGGACGCAAGCCAGAAAGGGGUAGGGGCAGUUAUUUUGCAAAAUGGACACCCAAUCGCCUACUCUUCGCGUUCGUUUACCGAAGCACAAAAGAAGUACGCCCAAAUCGAGAAAGAGCUGCUAGCCAUUGUUCACGGGUGCGCAAGGUUUGAAGACUACAUCCUAGGGCAGCCAGAAGUAAUCGUCGAAUCCGAUCACCGCCCUCUAGAGUCAAUAUUUAGGAAACCACUAUGUGAGUGCCCGUUACGAUUGCAACGUAUGAGACUCUCCCUUCAAAGGUUUCCUAUAAAAGUGGUUUACAAACCAGGAAAAGAACUCUUUCUAGCGGAUGCACUCUCGCGCUUUCCAAACCAGAAGGAGCUGAAAGAAGAAUCACUGGAUUUUCAUGUACAUGCUCUCUCUUCUCUUCCAGUCUCUGAUCGGCAACUGCAGGAAAUCCGGGAAGAGGUACUCAAGGAUGCAACAAUGACCGAACUGUGCAGCUAUUCAAGCACAGAAUGGCCUGAGAGCAAGCUUCAGGUGUCUGAGACUGCACGAGCGUAUUGGAACUACCGCGACGAACUUCACGUCGAAGAUGGCCUUCUCCUAAGAAGCAACAAGUUGGUCAUUCCGCCAACAAAAAGGCAAGAAGUACUUCGUUUGCUUCACGCGGCACAUUGGGGGUGAAGAAAAGAUGAAGGCAAGAGCCAAAGCAGUUAUGUACUGGCCAGGCAUGUCGGCGGAUAUUGCAGCUCUAGCGAAGGCGUGUCAACUUUGUCAAAGGUACAAGAGCAGGAACGCCAAGCUACCAAUGCUUAGUCCCGAUAUACCUACUUUGCCGUGGCAAGUAGUCGGAAUCGAUCUUUUCUAUCACGAAGGCCAUGAAUACCUGGUUGUGGUGGAUUUCUAUUCCUUUUUUUUCGAGAUCAAGCAGAUGCAUCGAACUACGGCAGAAGCAGUGACAAACGUGUGCAUGCAAAUCUUCGCCACGCACGGCAUACCAGCAAAGAUAUGCAGCGAUAACGGCCCCCCGUUCAAUAGCACGUGCUUCCGUGUUUUUUCAACGCAGCUGGGCAUCAUCCACGUGACUUCCAGUCCGCAUUACCCUCGCGGUAACGGCAUGGCUGAAAGGGCCGUCCAGGAAGCAAAGAAACUACUGAAGAAGUGCAGGUUUGGAACACUGGAGUUUUACAGCGCCCUGCUUGAAUGGAGAAACAUGCCAAGGGAUGACCGCCUAAAGUCACCCGUCCAACGGCUCAUGGGUCGACAGACGAGGACCAAGCUGCCCGUACUAGACUGUCACCUAGAACCCCAAACCGUGCCGACCGAAGUUGUCCGAAAGCGCCUCGACGAAAUACGGCGAAAACAACGCGUCUUCUACAACAGAUCAACCCGGAAUCUACCGGAAGUGCACAGUGGGUCCACAGUAUCUGUUUAUGAUACAAUAAACAAGACCUGGGCACCAGCAGUCGUCAUGGGCCCGGCAAGUACACCACGCUCUUAUAUUGUUGCGACUGAGAACGGCCAGCAUCUACGACGCACGAGGGAACACCUCAGGUCCACAAACGGGCAGGUUCUCUCGCAGCAGCCAGAAAGCGCGACAGCGUCCGCGCAAUCCAGUCCGCAGCCGUGCACCACCGAGCAGCAAGCACCUCAAGAAGCGCUGCGUAGAAGCGCAAGACAGCGAAGAGCGCCACAACGCUAUCCUCUCCCAGAGUGCCCAACGCAAACUGUUCAGCGGAUGUAGUGAAAAUUGAACUUU